GAGCGCGCGCCCGGAGGGGCGGGCUGGGACUUUCGGCUGCCGGGAGCCCGAGUUCCCUUCCGCUUCCGACGCACUGUCCGCCAGCCGGUGGAUGUGCGGCAACAACAUGUCCGCUCCGAUGCCCGCCGUUGUGCCGGCCGCCCGGAAGGCCACCGCCGCGGUUAUUUUCCUUCACGGAUUGGGAGAUACAGGGCAUGGAUGGGCAGAAGCCUUUGCAGGUAUCAAAAGUCCCCACAUCAAAUACAUCUGUCCACAUGCCCCUGUGAUGCCAGUCACAUUAAAUAUGAAUAUGGCUAUGCCUUCUUGGUUUGAUAUCGUUGGACUUUCACCAGAUUCCCAGGAAGAUGAAUCUGGAAUUAAACAGGCAGCAGAAACCGUAAAAGCCUUGAUAGAUCAAGAAGUGAAGAAUGGCAUUCCUUCUAACAGGAUUAUUUUGGGAGGAUUUUCUCAGGGAGGCGCCUUGUCUUUAUACACUGCUCUCACCACACAGCAGAAACUGGCUGGUGUCACUGCACUCAGUUGCUGGCUUCCACUUCGGGCUUCGUUUUCACAGGGGCCGAUCAACAGUGCUAAUCGAGAUAUUUCCGUUCUCCAGUGCCAUGGAGAUUGUGACCCUUUAGUUCCCCUAAUGUUUGGUUCUCUUACUGUUGAAAGACUAAAAGCAUUGAUAAAUCCAGCCAAUGUAACCUUCAAAAUCUAUGAAGGCAUGAUGCACAGCUCAUGUCAGCAGGAAAUGAUGGAUGUCAAGCACUUCAUUGAUAAGCUCCUACCUCCAAUUGAUUGACAUCACUAAGAGGCCUUGAGUAGAAGUUCACCAGCAUCACAGUAGUAGAGUAUAAACCUCUUCCCAUGACUGACCAUAGAACUUCUAAUGUGUGCAGUGUUAAAAUGUUUUGCAAAUACAUACCAAUGAUACAGACUAAAUGAUGUUACCCUCAUGGGAAAUAUAUGAUCCUUUUAAGUGUCUAUGCAUAUAUUUGUAUUAUACAAUUCAGAAUAUACUAAGUAUUACAGUAGGUAAGUGAAGCAACUAGAUUCUUUGUCUCAAAUUCAGCAAAAUAAGAUAACAAACAGUUUUAUUACAUCAUUUGAAAAUUACUAGUAUGUUCUGUGAAGAUGUGUUCAGGUAAGAUGUAAGUGACUUCUUAGUUCUGUGAGUUAGACUAUAGUUUUACUCCACAAUUGUUCAGUCUCCAUGCAGUGUCUGUAUUUUUCUGUUUGUAUUCACAUAGAUGAUACUAUAAUAGCUAAGAAUCAGAUGGUAUUACAUUAUCCCUAAUAAUGGGGAUAAUGCUUUUGAGUGUCAAAAAGUAAUACUGCAUUCUUCAAUUAAUGGCCCUUCUAUUGGGAGACCAGGCUUUUUUUCCCUUCUAUGUAAUUUUUCUCAAGAAAAAACAAGGUUCUUUUUUGAUUUUCCGUAGAAAACUAAUAUUGCCUCUCUGUCAUAUAUUUUAUUUUGACAUUUUGAGAUACAGACAUAGCCGGGCGUGGUGGUGCAUGCCUUUAAUCCCAGCACUCGGGAGGCAGAGGCAGGCGGAUCUCUGUCAAUAGCCUGGUCCACAGAGUGAGUUCCAGGACAGCCAGGGCUACACAGAGAAACCCUGUCUCGGAAACAAACAAACAAACAAACCGAAACACAGACAUACAGUAUUUCCAACCUAGGUAAUAUGAAAAGAAAUCAAACAUUACUUAAGUUUAUAUAUUUCAAAUAACUGCACCUUAGUCCAACUUUAGACUGUAGAGUUAUAGACUCUCCAGUCCUGGUAAUAAAUCUGUGGUUUUAUUUUUCUGUAAAACACUUAAAGGGGAAGUAAUAUCUUGGCAUAUUUAGAAAUACUUGUGACUGGCUUCAAAAUAUAAUUUCUUAAAUAUCUUAUAGCCGAUUUUAAGUUUACAUUUUCUGUACAUGUUAUGCUUAAAACCAAAUACUGUUCAAGAUGAGCAAUCAGACUUAUGUUUUAUUUUUAUCUGGGUAACAUAUUAUUUUGAAAUUUUCAUCUUAAGUAAAGGAGCUUUUGAUAAUCAGUCUCCUGUACAAAUAUUAAAAUAAUAAUUUGAUUUUAAAUCAUCAGCAUGUUCAAAAUACUGGUGAAAAUUAUUUAAUAUAAGGACUGGUUAGAACAUUAUAUAUAUAUCCCAUAUUUAUAACUGUUACCACACAGUUGAAUAUGUUGCAAAAAUUAUGGUUAUUUCUGAACGGUUGCUUUUCUUGCUGUUUUCCAACCAACCAAGAAGCACCUUUAUAAACAGGUGCUAAUUGAUAUGAAGAUCAUUUUGGUAUGUCCUAGAUAGAAUGAAGCCAAAUGUCUGGAUUUAAAACAAUUUCAAACAAUCAUUUACUAUUUUGCUUUACUUUAAAGAACAUAAAUUUACUUCAGUUAUUCUAUCUGUAAAGAUUUAUUUGGUAUAAGAAAUAUUCCAUUGACUGUGUGCUGUAAUGUGGGAAAAUGUCAUGUUUUUCACAGUUUCUAUCAAUGUGAAAUAAAAUUUAAUUUUGGCUUUA